AUGGUCAAAGAUUUUAAAGACAAAGGUUAUAUUCUUAUAAGGAACUUGUUUGAUAAAGAUGAGGUUGAGAAGUUUAUUAAAGCAAUAACAGACAGCGAUGCCUUCUACAAGAACGCAUAUGUACUUGAAGCCGGGGAAAGAAAAAUUCCCAGAAUAACAUGGAGCCAUCCAGGAAGUGACGUGACAGGAUUGGCGGCUAGAUCAGAAAAGGUGGUCAAUACUUGUGAGAAGCUACUUGGUGGCGAAGUAUACCAUUACCAUUCAAAGUAUAUGUUAAAAGAUGCUAAAAUUACAGCACCACACUACUGGCACCAAGACUAUGGAUACUGGUAUAAUUGUGGAAAUCUCUAUCCGGAUAUGAUGACAGUAUGGGUUGCUUUAGAUAAAUGUACUAAAGAAAAUUCCUGUUUGGAAAUACUAAGUGGAUCAAACAAUUGUGGACGCAUAGAACAUCAUCAACAUGAUGGACAAAUCGUAGCACUGAAAUCCAGGGUUGAUGUUAUCAGGGAAAAGUGUCCUCAUGUUUACGCGGAAAUGAAUCCAGGUGACGCUUUGUUCUUCCACUGCAACACCUUGCACCAUAGCAGCGCAAACCGUAGUGAUCUAAGACGCUGGGCGUACAUCAUGUGUUACAACAAGGCUACAAACAAUUCAACGUUUGCCCACCACCACGCCCAGUAUACUCCUAUCAAAAAGGUACCUAAUUCUGCUAUCAAAGAAUGCACCAAUUUAACAGAUCUUUCUGGGAAGGAGUUUAUUCAUCCGAGUCAAAAUGCAACCAUUGCAGGAUUGUUUGCUAAAUAUUCUGCUAACUCGUGAGAAUUUAACUGAUCUUUAUACGUCUUUUAAUUAUUUGAACAAAUACUGUGAAUAAGUUUUUGCAAUGUGCAUUUUUCCAUUUAGAUAGAAGAAUGAUGUCGAAUUACAAUCGACUCUAGUUAUGUGAAAAUUAAUGUGACUGAUAAUACUAAUUCGAGUGAUUAAAAAUUUUGAGAUACCUGGAGUAAAUAUAGAGCACAUCUAUCAAUUCUGACAGACAAUUUACUUUGAGAUAACAGUAAUUCUUUACUGAAAUAAUAUGAAAUAUUGAUACUCAACAUACCUUCAGUCCAAAUAUACCCUCCUUUAUUACUAUACUUCAUGUCAAAAUGCCAGAUUUUGAUUGGUUAAUACGAGGGAGACAAUUUACUCUAUCCAAUGGAAAAUACUCUAUUACCCUUCACGGAGACGCUUGCUCAAGUUCUUUAUUAUACGGAUGAUUGUUAUGUACAAGACGACAUAGUUUAUUACUUUGAAUUUGAAAUUUAAUAGACAGUAAUAACAGAACAUUCAGUAUAAAAAAUUAAAUAACACAGAUCUGAGAGGGUGAUAGAGCAGAUUGUUACCCCU